AAGACGUGUUGGUGCCAAACAGUGGAGCUGAAACCUGAUCGCUGCCACUCACUUCCGAUUGGUUGUUCUUUUUUUGUCGUGUGCAACGUUUACGCAACAAGUUAGUCACUUUUCCUAAACUAAGUGCAGAGCCCGAGUUGGCUCAAAGUGCGAGGAGACUUCUCGCCGCGGAUCAGCCAUUGUGGACGUCGGAAAGGGGCACGGUCUAUUUGUUUGCCCGCCGGCUGCAGUUUGCAUGACCACUGGAUGAGCCAUGAGGCUGCUGGCCCAGGACACAGCGGACCUCCCUCAACCGGGAAUGGAUUAGUACAAUCUGGAUUCCUGUUUCUUUUCUUCCGAGGGUUUAUAAACGCACCUUUUAUUUGCGUAACAUAUAUUGUGUCUUCUUCUGAGGAGCGAACCCCAGAAAUGAGCGGAUAGCCCACUUGUUGCGGAGGUUUUUGUGAAGUCCCGCAGCACUUCGUCCUGUGUUCCUGCCUGCUGGAGGAAGUUGUUUGGCUGUUUUCUGUCAUCACUCCGCAACACACCAUGAAGAAGACGGCAUCCAAACAACCCUGGACUCAGAUCUUCAUCACCCUCUCGUCCUUCUCCCUGGCCCUAUGCAGCGCGGCGGCAGAGGGCCCGGAGGAAGAAGGCUUCAGUGCGGAGGCGUGGCUUCGUAAAUUCGGCUACCUGUCUCAGGCGAGCAGUCAGAUGUCCACCAUGCAGUCGGCUCAGAUUCUGUCCAAGGCCAUCAGCGACAUGCAGAGCUUCUACGGCCUGGCAGUGACUGGAGCGAUGGACCCGGCUACUGUUGUGGCCAUGCGUCGGCCUCGCUGUGGCCUCCCAGACAGAAAAGCGGAGGAGAUGGAUGAUGGCGCGAGGAAGAAACGCUACGCUCUCACUGGACAGCAAUGGGGCAAAGACCACAUCACUUACAGUAUAAUGAACCAGCAAAUCCCCUCCUCGCUGGGCGAGGAGCGGACGUACGAUGCUAUCCGCAAGGCCUUUGACGCGUGGAGGCGGGUCACGCCGCUCACCUUUGAGGAGUUACCUGCUGAAAACAACAUCAGCAUCAACAGCAGCCAGGCGGAGCUCGCUGACAUCCUGUUGCUGUUUGCCUCUGGUUUCCAUGGUGAUAUGUCUUUGUUUGAUGGCGAGGGAGGGUCGCUGGCCCACGCCUACUACCCCGGACCGGGAAUCGGUGGGGAUACACACUUUGAUGCUGAUGAGCCUUGGACUCUGGAAAACCACAACCCAAAAGGUAUAGACCUCUUCCUGGUUGCGGUCCAUGAACUUGGUCAUGCUUUGGGUCUGGAGCACUCGGAUAACCCCAGUGCCAUCAUGGCUCCUUUCUACCAGUGGAUUCACACACACAACUUCACACUACAUGAGGAUGACAUCAGAGGAAUACAGUACAUAUACGGCCCCCCUCUCCUCGGGGAUGCUCCACCCACUUCUCCUCCGGUCCGUGAAGACAAACCCAAAGAUGACUCCCCCGCCUCCCCUUCUCCUCCUCAUGAUGAACCCACCUCUUCUUCUCCCAGCUUCCCUCCACCCGAAUCCCCUGACCCGACCGAUGGCAGCCCAAAUCUCCCAGCCCCCCCAGAGCCGAGUCCCAGCCCUACCUCACCUCCUGUCCUCCCCACGUCCACCCCCACCAACUCACAGCCUGAACCGGAACCUGUCACCCCGCACGUUAGAAAAGAUGUCCCGCCUCCUCCGCCUCCUCCUCGGACCCCUGCCCCUCCCCGACCUCCCAAGCUGCCGGACAACCAUGCCCCCGAUAUCUGUGACGGGGACUUUGAUACGGUGACCAUGUUGAGGGGGGAGAUGUUUGUUUUCAAGGGUCGCUGGUUCUGGCGUGUGCGGAGGAACCGGGUCUUGGAUAACUACCCCAUGCCGAUAUCUGUCUUCUGGAUCGGCCUGCCUAGUGACAUCGACGCGGCCUAUGAGCGCCACGAUGGCAAAUUUGUCUUCUUUAAAGAUGAUAGAUACUGGGUGUUCAGGGAGGCGGAUGUGCUGCCGGGAUACCCGCAGCCCUUACAUGGGUACGGACAAGGUGUUCCUGCACACAAGAUUGACACAGCAAUCUGGUGGGAGCCCAACGGACACACGUACUUCUUCAGUGGAGACAGAUACUGGCGAUACAAUGAGGAGACCCGCACUACAGAUCGUGACUUCCCCAAGCCGAUCAACAGAUGGGGCAGGAUACCUCCAUCACCCAAAGGAGCCUUCCUCAGCGAUGACGGCGCUUACACCUACUUCUACAAAGGCACCAAUUACUGGAGGUUUGACAACCGCAAGACAGAAGCAGAGAAAGGCUACCCUCGCUCCAUACUGAAGGAUUUCAUGGGCUGUACAGGAGCCUCUGACCCGAAGCCCGAUACAGACACUGAGCAGGAGCCAAAAGACAAACCAGUCGACCCCUCAGACCGAGAACAAGACGAGCACAAAGAGCCAGACACGGGCCGAGACAAAGACAAAAACCCGGAGGAGGACCAAUCCUCUCACCCUGACAGCACAGAGGAGAAUAACAAAGAGGUGAACGUGGUCGUGACGGUGGACGACAAUGAAUCAAAGGUCAUGACCCUGAUCAUGGUGAUUGUUCCUCUGGCCCUCAUCCUGUGCAUCCUCGCCCUAGUCUACACCAUCCUCAAGACUCUACAGAACAAAGAGACCCCGAGGGCCUUGGUGCACUGCAAGCGCUCGUUGCAGGACUGGGUGUGAGGCACAGAAUGAGAAGAGCGGGUAUUCAUCAUUUGGUAAAGUUGUUACAGGCGUCAACAUUUGUACUUAUGGCUCUGACGCAGUACUUAAGUCUAAAAAAGUAGAGGAUGAGUCACCGUUUUGGGCCCCAUUCAUUGUGAGACCUUUUAUCGCUCAUGUGAAAUAAUGCAAACGUGGUAAAAUCGGUGCCUGUGGAGCUGCAGUGUACGUUUCCUUCCACUGGCUCUUGAAGUUUCUCUCCUUUGUGCCUUCCAAAUGUCUGAAAGGGUACUUCUAUUUCUUUAAAAAAAUCACGUUUGUUCCAUCACAGCUUAAAAAAGAAGAAGAUGUGUCAGCCACCAGAGUACGAUAGAAGACACAUGACACACUAGGAAGGUCCGUUUCUUUUCAUUCUAAUUGUGCACAGGAGGGACCAGUGAUUUAUUUGUAAUAUAAAUGCAGACCAAGUCAAGAAUGCACAUACAUGACACAGAAGCACACAUACUGUACAUAGACACAAACAUGAGUGCUUAUGGCUAAAACAUUAACUACACAAAUACAUGCAUUAAUAUGAACAAGUCUUCCAUGUGGUUGACUACGGUGCCUCAACCAAUCUCGAAACUUCUCUUAGGUUAGAACAGAUAAUUUGCACUUUUGAUUCUGUGUUUGUCUCCUUUGUUUUGCUGAGGUUGCUUCACUGCAAAUAUGUGUGUGUGUGUGUGUGUGUGUGUGUGUGUCUGUCUGUGUGUGUGUAUAUUUGUGCUUAUUAAACACACUGACACUCGCAGAAGAAGCACAUCCUCCGACUAGCGCAGGAAUGUCAGACAGCUGUGUGUGUCCGUGACCACAGAUCUCCCACUGAGCCCAUUAUGUCUGCCCUCUCACACACAAACACGCACCAACAUCACAUGAUCUCGAAAGAAACUUCUAACUGCACUCAUGUGUGCAUGCAUGUCCACAUAUGCAGACACACACGCACACACUAAGACAUAGAGACCACUUACCCAAACAAAGGCACAUAGUUUUUGCACACAGACACAAGGGCUCCAGCCUCCCCUCCUCCCACCACAGCCUCGAUAACGGUUCUGACUGCAGCACGAAAACACAAUCCCAGUGGAGACACAUUGAUAUACGCCUGUUGGAUUAAAUACAACAGAGGGGGAUUUAUUCACACUUAACAAGAAGAUUUGAAAAGUGCUGUGGUAUUUUACAAAUGAUAUCCAUCUCGGCUCGACCCGUCAAGUUUUUCCUAAAUAGCGUCGAAGCAAAUUAAGUGAACAUGGGCGAAGCCUGCAGGCCAAAGAGGAAUGGGUGAGGGUCUGGUUUCCAUUAAGCCCACAUGCUGCUGAUUUAUUAGUGUCAGGCAUGAGGAGAGCAGAGAAGAGAGAGGGGAGUUGUGGGGGAAAGAAGGAGGUAUAAAAUGUAAUGGUGGGGAGAAAGGGGAAAUGAGAGAAUGAGAUGACGAAGGAAAGAAAGAAACCGGGAGAGGCACAGAUUGAGGAGGGGAGAGGGAGGGCUUAGCCAAAAUGUCCUUGCCAGUUUUCUCUGGAAAAGGAGGAGCAAUGGAAAAAGGGAGGAAGGAUCUAUUGGAGGGACAGCGCUGGCGUUGUGCCUCCUGACCUAGAUUGGGACACUAAGUCCACGCCUCCUUUUCAAUUCUUCUUGUUUUUGCUCAAUUAGUUGUCAUGAGCUGUAGAUUACUUCCUUUGCGACCCCCUCCUCCCUUCCGUAUCUAUCCUUCUCUCCAAUUAUGCUUUUGUUUUCCCAUUUUAAAUCCAUCUUUUUCUCUCUCUUUUUGUCUCAAUGCUGUACCUUACCGCACUAAUGCGCUCCCAGAUGUGUUAAUUUUCUUCUCCACUCUCCUGGAAAGUUAGCGCAAGCAUUUAAAAGCUACUUAAUGCACAGAAACAUCUGCAAAAAGUGUUCAUUGAGUUUCCCUUUAUCUACCUGUCUGUCUCUACCUUGCUUUUGUCCGUGUAAAGCCACUAUUGACAUGCUAAUCAUUAAUCUUUUACUUGUGUCUUUACAUUGUGCCUAUAUUUCCUUUGCUCGUAAUGUGUAAUGUAUUUUUCUGUGAAUAAUGGGGUGGCUUUUUUUUUGUUACUAUAAAUAGCAGAAGGGAAUUCUUUUUAAAUGUGUUUCUUUCCUUUUUUAAUUCGUAUUACUUGUAGUUUUGUAAAUUGUGUUUUUGUUGAGGUUUUUUGUAAGAUCAGUACUAGAUAAUCACAACUUUGAUGCAUGCAGGGCAUGUUCUGUAAGGCCUGUGCACUCCUGUGUAGAGUAUGUUAAAGUGUUCACAAUAAAACUUACAGGUAAAAGCC